GAAAUUCGGGUGGAGGGGGAAAAAAGGACGGAACCCUAGCGGCCGCGAUGGGGCGCGGCGGCGGCGGCGGCCUGCAGUCGAAGAAGGAGGAGGAGGAGGAGCUGCGGGGGGCGAAACGGGCGUUCAAGGAGGCGCAAGCGGAGGGGUGCCGGGAGGAGGAGGCGCGCUGGGCCAACGUCAUCGGCGACAUCCACAAGCGCCGCGGCGAGUACGUCGAGGCGCUCCGCUGGCUGCGGAUCGACUACGACGUCUCCGUAAAGCACCUCCCCCAGCGGCACCUCCUCCCAUCCUGCCAGUCGCUUGGCGAGGUCUACCUCCGCCUCGGCCGCUUCUCCGAGGCACUCACCUACCAGAAGAAGCACCUACAGCUUGCAAAGGAGUCUGAUGACCUUGUUGAGCAGCAGCGAGCUAGCACACAGCUUGGGAGAACAUACCAUGAAAUGCUUUUAAGAUCUGAAAACGACCAUAGUGCUAUAAGGAAUGCCAAGAAGUAUUUUAAAUCAUCAAUGAAGCUGGCAAGGAUUCUAAAGGAGAAAUCUCCUUCUCAAAAGUCAGAUUUUCUGAAGGAGCUUAUUGAUGCAUACAAUAAUAUGGGCAUGCUCGAGCUGGAACUUGAUAAUUUUGAACAAGCUGAGAAACUACUUAUCCAGGGUCUGAAGAUAUGUGAUGACGAAGAGGUAGAUUCGUAUGAUGAUGCUCGAACCAGGCUCCAUCAUAAUCUAGGUAAUGUUUAUACUGAAUUACGGAAAUGGAAUAAAGCCGAGGGGCACAUUGAGAAGGACAUAGCGAUAUGUAGGAAUAUACGCCAUCCUCAAGGUGAGGCAAAAGGAUUCAUAAAUCUGGGGGAGGUUCAUUCUCGGGUUCAAAAGUACGAAGAGGCAAAACUUUGUUACAAAAAAGCUCUUACAAUAGCAGCAUGCUUGGAAGAUGAGGAUGCCUUAAUAGAACAAAUUAACCAGAAUAUCGAAACUGUUACAAAAGCAGCUGAAGUACUUGCCGAGUUGAAGAAAGACGAACAGAAGCUGAAGAAACUUGUCAGAGAUACCUCUAAUGCUCGUGGAACAUCUAAAGAGAGAAAACUCCUCCUUGAGCAGCAUGCGUGGUUGGAUAAUCUUAUUGAGAAGGCAAGGAUGAUAUGUGCAUGGGAAAAACACAGGGAAUUCUCGAAAGGGAAGAAAAGGGUAGCAACUGAACUUCAUGAUAAGGAAAAGCUGAGUGACUCUCUUCUAUCGAUAGGAGAGUCGUACCAAAAGCUUAGAAUCUUCAGCAAAGCACGUAAGUGGUACAUGAAAAGUUGGAACACAUAUCGGGCAAUUGGGAACUUGGAGGGGCAAGCAUUAGCUAAAGUGAAUAUUGGCAAUGUUCUUGAUUCUUGUGGUGAUUGGGCUGGUGCAUUGCAAGCUUAUGAAGAAGGCUACAGGAUUGCUGUGGAAGGAGACCUACCUAAUGUGCAACUUUCUGCCCUUGAGAACAUGCAUUACAGUCACAUGGUCAGAUUUGAUAAUAUUGAAGAAGCAAAGAAAAUGCAGGAAAAAAUAGACAACCUGAAGCAACUAUUGAAUCAACAUGAAGCAAGGGAUACUGUUAGUGACUAUUGCUCAGAAACUGACACUGAAGGUGGUUGUAUAUCUGAUAAUAUGCUUGAUCCUGAGGAUGACAACUGGCAGCUUGGGAAUAAGUAUUCUGAGGAAUCUGAUGAUGAUGUUACUCUUGCUUCACUCGUUCAUAAGAGUAGGAGCUCAUCUAAGAUAAAGGCACGCAAGAUGCAUAGUUCUUCUAAAAAGGUUGUUGAACCAUGUGAUGUGGCUGAAGACACAAGGACAGUUUUAAGUAGAUCAUGUACUAAUCACUCCGUUGGUAGAAAACGUGUACGAGUGGUCUUAUCAGAUGAUGAAUCCGAAGAGAGUCCUGAAAUUGUUCAAUUAAAAAAUACAUCAACUAGUCCGGCAAAUAGUAUGUCUGUCUCAGAUCAAGGAGCGAAAAGCAACAGAAAUCAGGAUGCUUUAGAACCUAAUGAUACAAGGGAUGCACCCUGCACUGCUGAGGAGAGUAUCUGUUCAUUCAAAUCAAGUAGUCCUAUUGGUCAUGCUUUUGAAGGGAUAGAAUUAGGUGCUUCCAGUGUAAGAAAGGGAUCAGCAUCCAAAUCAGCAGCAAGUGGUUCCAAGUUUCGUCUUCCUGGUUCAAACAGUCGGCAUGAAAGCCAAAAUGCUGUUGGUUUUCAAUUCACAGAUGCUGAUCAUCACUUUUGGGCCUUCAGAAUUGGUGAACAUCUGGUUUACUUGGAUGGACGUGCUUAUGUACAUGAAGGUGCUUUUAGCAUUGAAUCUCUCAAAGUUGAAUUGGCAUGUGUGUAUUAUCUUCAGAUUUCUGAUGAGAAAAGGGUCAAAGGUUUAUUGCCUGUCAUUGGGGAACUCAAGUAUUGUGGAAAGGUAUUGGAUGAUACAGCACCAAUAUACUAUGAUGAUCAGCUUGGUUCUGAGCAGAAGUGUGUUGAUGUUAUUAUUGAUGAUUGGGUGCCAAAGCGGUUGAUGAAAUUGUAUGUUGAUUGCUGCACAAAGUUAUCAGAAGCACCCAAUAAGAAGUUGCUGACAAAACUAUAUAAUCUUGAGGUCUCCGAAGAUGAAGUCAUUGUUUCUGAUUGCGGACUGCAGGAUCUGUCAAUUAUGCCCUUUCUUGAUGCCCUAAUAUCACAUAAAACAAUAGCAGUAUUGGAUCUUUCUCAUAACAUACUAGGAAACCAAACAAUCGAAAGGCUUCAGCAUAUAUUUGCUUCAUCGAGUCAGACAUAUGGUGGCUUGACUCUGGAUUUGCAUUGUAAUCGAUUUGGUCCCACUGCUUUAUUUCAGAUAUGCGAGUGUGCUGUUAUGACUGAUCGAUUGGAAGUACUUAAUCUAUCUGGGAAUCGCCUGACUGAUGCAUGCAGUUCUUACCUUUUCACAAUUCUGCAAAAGUGCAAAGCUCUUUAUAGCUUGAAUGUUGAGCAGUGUUCUAUCACAUCACGAACUGUUCAGAAGAUGGCAGAUGCACUGCAUGAAGGGUUGGUCCUUUCACAUCUUUCAUUAGGAAAGAACAAUCCGAUAUCUGGCAAUGCAAUGCUCAACCUUCUAUCCAAACUUGCCUCUCUGACAAGGUUUUCAGAACUAAGCCUGACUGGUAUAAAACUGAAUAAGUUAACGGUUGAUAAGCUGUGCCUGCUUGCACAAUCCUCGUGCUUAUCCGGACUUCUGCUAGGUGGAACUUCCAUUGGACCGGUUGGGACAAUUAGCCUUACUAACGCAUUAUCUUGUACAUCUCAUGAUUUGCUGAGGUUGGAGUUGUCUAACUGUGGCCUUACAGCACCUGAUUUUGCACAAAUCUGUACAAAUCUCUCUCGUAUCAAUAUUCUUGACUUAAACCUUGGAGGAAAUUCAAUUAACCUGGAGGGAUGCGAUGCUAUUCAGGCAAUGCUUGUGAAUCCCCCAUGCAGCAUUAGAUCUCUCACACUGGACAGAUGCAACCUUGGACUUGCUGGAAUUGUUUGUAUUAUUCAGGCACUAUCAGGAAAUGACCAACUGGAGGAACUGCGCUUGGCUGAGAACACAAACUCGGCACUAAAGAGAAUAAUUCAGUACGGAGACAUGCAGGAAGUAUCAACAACCAAUGAGCAAAAACAAUGUAACAACCCUGAAACAAGCAAUGCUAUAGCCCGAGGGAACCUCGAUCUUGAGAACAUGCAGGUUGCAGACAGUGAAGAUGAAGCAGAAAAUGAGAACCACUGUGCGCUAUCUGGUCCACAUAGGAGCUGCGCAAGUUCAUCACAGAAAAACUCUUACUCUUCUUGUCAAAUUAUCCAAGAACUGGCGGAGGCCCUUAUCUCAGCGAAGCAACUGAAGGUGCUUGAUCUCAGUCGGAAUGGUUUGUCGGACGAGGCCAUACAGUCACUGCAUUCUGCUUGGGCUUCUGUUCCAAGAGGCGAUGGAAUGGCUCAAAAACAUGUAAAUAAGGAUGUGGUUCAUUUUUCAGUGGAUGGCAUGAGGUGCUGCGGCAUGAAACCCUGUUGCAGAAGAGACUUGCACAUGUGAACCUGGACGGCCUACCGUCUUAUGGUUGCUCUUUGUAAAUAUACCAAACUAAUGUAACUGCGAUUUGUCAUCAGAGGUGAGCAGAUACUCGAGAGAAAAUUUGGGCUUAAACGAGUGUAAUUAUGCUGACUCACGGGAAUGUAUAUGGUACAUCAUUUUAGUUUCUCUUCUGUUUAUAAUUGCAAUUGUUAGCCUGACUUUCCACGCUA